GAAAAGAAGAAACAAGUGCUCAAAAACAAAGAAGCAGCAUUGCACUACCAAGACACAAAAUUAAAACUACUCUUGUUGACUCUUAAUUCAAAAAUCCAUAUAUUCUCAAUAUCACACACAUCCUCAUCAUCAUUCUCCAUAUAUACCUCUCACACAUUGCCACCAAAACAACACAACAAACACAUCAUCAUGUUACAUUCCUUCUUCUUAUCACUGUUCCUGCUUCUUGGUCCAUUUUCAACAACAUUAAUAGCAGAAUCAAUAGCAACCACAAUCAAUGUAUGGCCCAAACCAACCAACCUAACAUGGACCCCACCAUACCAAACCACACUCCUCUCACCAACAUUCACCAUCACCACCACCACCACCACACACCAAAACAACCAUCUCUCCGCCGCCAUAUCCCGCUACACAAACCUCGUCAAAACAGAACACCACCGUCCCUUAACUCACCCAACAACAAACAACAACAACAACAACCUCCCUCCUCUACAAUCCCUAACCGUAACCAUAACAAACCCAACCGCCGAACUCACCCACGGCACAGACGAAUCCUACACGCUAACAAUCUCCACUCCCAACGCAACCCUCACCGCCUCAACACCAUGGGGAGCAAUGCGUGGGAUGGAAACCUUCUCACAACUCACAUACGGGAACCCAACGCGCGUGCCUGUUGAAGUGCAUGUCACCGACGCGCCGCUGUUUGCUCAUCGAGGUCUAACGCUGGACACUUCGAGAAACUACUAUCCAGUGAAGGAUUUGUUGAGGACGAUUGAAGCGAUGAGUAUGAAUAAACUGAAUGUGUUUCAUUGGCAUAUAACGGAUUCGCAUUCGUUUCCGUUGGUGGUUCCGUCGGAGCCGAUGCUGGCGGAGAAAGGGGCUUAUGAUGUCAAUAUGGUUUAUACGGUGGAGGAUGUGAAGAGGGUUGUUGAGUUUGGUCUUGAUCGCGGUGUUCGUGUUUUGCCGGAGAUUGAUUCGCCGGGGCAUACAGGAUCUUGGGCCUUAGCCUACCCUGACAUUGUAACAUGUGCUAACAUGUUCUGGUGGCCAGCUGAAAGUGAUUGGCCGAAUCGUCUUGCUGCCGAACCAGGAACAGGUCAUUUAAAUCCCUUAAACCCCAAAACCUACCAAGUUCUAAAGAACGUCAUACGUGACGUAACCACAAUGUUCCCGGAACAGUUUUACCAUUCUGGUGCUGAUGAAGUCAUACCGGGUUGCUGGAAAACCGAUCCAACAAUUCAGAAAUUUCUAUCAAAUGGUGGAAAUCUCAACCAAGUCCUCGAGACGUUUAUCAACAACACGCUCCCGUACAUUGUAUCCCUCAACCGCACUGUUGUCUAUUGGGAAGAUGUUCUUCUAGACGAUACAGUCCAUGUUUCAUCGACGAUUCUCCCUAAAGAACAUGUCAUUUUGCAGACAUGGAACAAUGGACAUGACAAUACUAAAAGGAUAGUAUCUUCUGGAUACCGUGCCAUUGUGUCAUCAUCCGAUUUCUAUUAUCUUGACUGUGGACAUGGGGACUUCACUGGAAAUAACAGUGCUUACAACAACCAGACAGGAAGUGAUGCGAACAAUGGUGGUUCUUGGUGUGGACCUUUUAAAACAUGGCAAACUAUAUACAAUUAUGAUAUAACAUACGGACUGACCGAAGAAGAAGCAAAAUUGGUUUUGGGCGGGGAGGUAGCAUUGUGGUCAGAACAAGCAGAUGAAACUGUUCUGGAUUCACGAGUUUGGCCUAGAACUUCUGCUAUGGCCGAGUCGUUGUGGUCAGGUAAUAGGGAUGAAAACGGUAUGAAGAGAUAUGCCGAGGCAACAGAUAGAUUGAAUGAAUGGAGGAGCAGAAUGGUUAGCAGAGGUAUCGGAGCCGAGCCUAUUCAGCCACUUUGGUGUAUUAGAAAUCCUGGUAUGUGCAACACAGUACAUCCAAUUUAGUGUGUUUGAAAAACAAGAAAAUUACGGUGGUACAGAAGCUACACAUACCAGCUUUUCAAAAUCAGUGAAAAAGACCUCAAACAUGCGGCAGUGGUGGUCCAUAGUGUUACCAAACAUGCAGAAAACUUAUAGUAGUUUUGUUUAAUUGGAAGUUGCAUUCUUAUUUUGAUUAGUGUUUAACUGUUGUGUGAUCCUAAAGGAAACUUAUUGUAUCGUUGGGAGAGAUUGUAGUUGUCAAACGGUAUUACAUGUAUUUCAACAUUAAAGUUGAAAAAACCAAAAUGAAUAUUUUGAUUGUUUUCAUGAGCUUGAAUAUUUCUUGAGUUCAA